AUGGCUGGCUGGCUGUCCAUUCUGCUAUGUGCUGCGGUGUUGACCACUGGGCAGGCGUGCUCUUGCGUGUCAGACUACAUACCACCGGAUCAAGCUUUCUCCUCUCCAGCACAAGCGCUCUCCAAGGAGCCCUUUGUUUUUGCAGGGAAAGUUAUCUCCGUCCGCCCCGUCGACAACAUGCCAGAAGAGAAGUCCGAAUAUUGCGCGUUGGCUCCGACAAGUGAGCACGAUCGUUGGGGAAAUCCGUGUCAGGAAAGCUUCGCGGGCCACUUCGACCGUUGGAACGAGUGUGGCCGAAGACACAUUGCCGAGGUGCUGGUCACUCACGGACUGAAGGGCAUCAAGGCGGGCGAGACCUUCACGUACAACUGCACGCGGGCGAGCUGCGGCGAUUGCAGUCCUGCCUGCCCCGAGGUGGGCCUUGAGCUCCUUGACGGGACCCGCGCAGGCGGCGCAAGCUCCAUGUGCAGCUCCAAGCGCUGUGGCCUCAGUGAUUGGAGAAAAGCUCGCUGCCAGCGCCUCUUCGAGGAGUUGAAGCUGGAGAGGCCCUUCCAGAGCCAGAAGUUCCAGGUGCCCCUCCCUGUGGCCUUCUCCACCCUGACGGCCAACUCUUUGUUCCGAAGCCAACUCCUGGGCUCGCUGGUCCGGGAUGUUUCAAGUGCCCUCCAGCUGUCCGAGUUCGAUGUCAUGUCCGCAAACCUUUUGGAGGACCAGCACCGAACCGUGCUGGUGACGCCCGCGGCCACUCUUCCAGCCUCGACCUUCGAGCUCAUCUUCCACAUGCCGCGGCAGGCGGACUUGGAUGCAGUCGAGUCGCAACUUCGCGACACACUCAGCAAGCCCUUCACGUGGAAAGGGGGAUCGGAGGUCGUGAAGCAGUUUUGCCUCCGCGAGCCAUGCCCCCAGUGCCAGACCACCUGCGUGGAGCCGUCGCAAACUAACCUUGUGAGCCUGGGUUUGCCCAUUUUCUCCUAA